AUUAAAGAUGACGUAGAUCGGUGACGUUUAUCACUUUUGCAGUCCGCAAUGUUUUGAUGCGGUUGGGUAUGAGACGUGUUGGAAUUAAAGCAAAACGGGAAUGUUUAUUUGUGGAUCGUACUCGUUGUCACGGUACAAAUGUACAAACACUGUAUGCAUUCUGUUAGACUGUGUUUUUUUUGUUGCUAAGGUUGCACGCGACUGUUUUUAGCUCUGGUCACUUGGCAUGGCUUGAAUUCCGCAAAGCAGAUUGCUACUGAUAUUUUGAUACUGCGAGUGUGCUAUUAGUAGCUAUGAACGCGAGACUAAUUUAUGCGCAUUAAACCUCGCCAAUGUACAGCUGUAGGAGUGCAUAUCACUUUUUGGAGUCGGGACGGACGAAAUAUGGAUAUGCAGACCUUUAGCCGUGUCAACUUCUGCCCUUGUAUAUCCACGACACUCAAACAAAGGAGUGCCUAAAUCGUGACUUUCUUUAUGAUCCACACAAUUUAUGCACAGUUAGAUUCAGUUGAAUCGCUUUUGGACGAGUACCCCUAUAUGUUUUAUCUGGGGUUAGUCUUUGUGAACGUCCUCAUCCUCUACUACGCCUUUCUGAUGGAAUACAUCGUCCUCAAUGUGGGCAUAGUAUUUAUGCCUGAGGAUAUGGACCGGGCUCUGGUGGACCUUGGGGUACUUUCUGACCCUGCAUCCCUCCCCUAUGACUCGGACGCAGAUUUGGAUGUGUUUGAGGGUUAUCUAGAGUGACAAGGGAGUGAUGGAGGAUUGGAAUGCAAUGCUGGUGAAGAUGAUGGAGAGGUCAGGGACAAACGAGGCCUGUCUGCUGGACGGUUGUUGCCUUUUGGGACACAUAGGAGCAAGGUAAUGAAUAAUGGUCAUCUCAGCGUGACUAUGACCUCCAUCGCUGAAAGGUCAUUGUCCCUUGCGAAGACUCAUUCUGUCACCGCAACGCAACCUGGACGUCCAGAUGAGCAUUUGUGUCCUCCAUUUGACACAUAAUGAC